CCGAUCUGCAACACUUUUUUUUGGCCGACCUCAUUGACGAGCAGACUUCUUUGCGAGCAGAAGUACCAUACAAUCCUCCGCGCCCACGACUCGACUUCCGCAAACCCCCCCCAGCAACCAUGCCUGCACCAACAGCCCUCAAGGCGCCCGAGGCCGCCGUUCAAGACGCACACGCCCCUCCAGCAUUCCAGGUGCCCCUCCCCACGCCCGCCCAGGACGACGACGAUGUGCUCCUCGACGCCGACGCCAUGAACACUCUCGACACAUCCGCCAUCCUCCAACCCGUGCCCGCAUCAGACAACACAAUGGAAAUCGACGAGGAGUCGAGACCGCAGUUUGCCCCCGCCAAAGACCACGCGACUCUUGUCCGAGUGGAAGGCCGCAAAAUAUCUAUCCCUCCACACCGCAUGACCGCGUUAAAAAGUGCCUGGCCAAAGAUCUACCCCCCGCUCGUCGAGCACCUGAAGCUCCAAUGCCGCAUGAACGUCAAGAGCAAGGCCGUCGAGCUCAGGACUAGCAAGCACACCACCGAGGCCGGCGCGCUGCAGAAGGGCGCCGAUUACGUGCGAUGCUUCACUCUGGGGUUCGACGAAUCAGACGCCAUUGCCCUGCUCAGACUGGAUGAUCUUUACGUGGAGACGUUCGAGAUCAAAGAUGUGAAGACCCUGACUGGUGAUCAUCUGGCGCGUGCUAUUGGACGUAUUGCCGGCGCGCAGGGAAAGACGAAGCACGCAAUUGAGAAUGCGAGCCGAACAAGAAUCGUGCUGGCCGACAGCAAGAUUCACAUCCUCGGUGGCUUCAAGAACAUCCAGAUCGCAAGAGAGAGCAUCGUGUCGUUGAUCCUGGGCAAGCAGCCUGGCAAGGUGUAUAACGGUCUCAGAGUCGUUGCAUCGAGGAUGAAGGAGAGGUUCUAGAUGGCGUGGACGAGGAGGCAUUCUAUUGCAUGAAAUGAAAAUCAUGGGCAGGCGUUCAGGGGUAAUGGAGUUUCAGAGCGAAUUGCUCUCGGUAGACAUGAAAUCAUAUGAGACAUUUCUGCGUACUUGCGCUAGAGCUAAAGAAUGAAAACAACAAUUCGAC